UUCUCUCAGAUGCCCCUAUAAAAUCAGGGUCCAAACAUGAGACUGAGACACAGACCUGAAGAAUCUCUUAGACUGUGCUCUGCUCCUACAGCCUGCUUUGCCCCCAGGAUCAUGAAGGUCUCUGUGGCUGCCCUCUCCAUACUCAUAAUCAUGAUCUUCAGCUCUCUGGCAUCUUCUGCACCAAUGGGCUCCAGCACUCCCACCGCCUGCUGCUUCUCCCAUGUCAGACAGCAGAUCCCCAGAAAAUUUGUGAUAGACUAUUAUAAGACCAGCAGCUUGUGUUCCCAACCAGCUGUGGUGUUCCUGACCAAAAAGGGACGGGAGAUGUGUGCAGAUCCCAGUAAUGACUGGGUUCAGAAGUACAUAGCUGAUUCAGAGCUGAAUUGAAGGCCCCAGAGCUUAAAACAAUGAAUCCCUAAAAGGAAAUGGACCAAGCUAAGGAAUUCCACAUUCAGAAAUAAUGGAUGCCUGCCUUCCUGAGAUAUUUUUAUCAGUGAAAUUUAAUUUAUUUAAAUUAUUGGGUGGCCCUUUUGGGUAUUUAUUAGUACUAUUUGCACAUUUGGAGGACACCUGUCCCCCAUGGAGACUUUGAUUAGCAGCUAAACUUUGGUUCCUUUGAAUCCUAGAGCCAUCUGCUGGGUUCCAUGAAUAUAUGUUGGACAAAGAAUUCAGAAUAAAACUUUUU